AUGCAUAGCUCGAUUCCACUAGGAUUGCUGCUUCUGCUACUGCUGCACUGUUGUCGGGAGACCUUGAGCUUUGGAAUUGCUCGUCCCUUGUUCCAGGACAGGACGCGUAAUUACCGUUUGACGGCUGCUUCGGCGGAAGACGCUGUUGCGGAUGAUGAAACUAGUAAUAAUAAUGACGACGAUCAACCCGUCUACUUUCAAGACUUGGGUCUCUGUCGAUCGGCAAUAGAUGCGAUUGAAUCACAAGACCGUUGGUAUUUGCCCACUCCCAUUCAACAAUUGGCCAUUCCCAAACUCUUGGAGAGCCACGACGAAGCCUUUUGGUGCGAAGCCCCCACGGGAAGUGGCAAGACGGCGGCCUUUGUAUUGCCACUGUUGCAGAAAUUAGUACAGGAUCGUCAAGAUCAACGACGAAUCCAAAAAAGUGACACAGCGCCACCGGCCAUUCGAUCGCUCAUUUUGUGUCCCACGCGAGAAUUGGCACUUCAAAUUGGAUCCGUGGUGGAAGAAUUGGCAUCCUACAUGAUGGAUCCGUGUAAUAUCAUGGUGGUGACGGGCGGUGUACGACGCGACGAUCAAAUUGCCACUUUGGCCGGGUGGACAGUCCAAGGAGAAUCGGCGGACAUUGUCGUUGCCACGCCGGGAAGAUUGGUAGAUUUAUUGACAAGAUACAAUCCUCCUACAGUUGCGGAUGCUGCUACUACUACUAGUAAUGACGACGAUAACGAGGACACCAUGGAGGACAAUGACAUUCGAGAUGCUGCCGAGGCCGCAUUGGAAAGACGCCUCUUGCAGGCACUAGAGGCGUCUUCCAAGGAUUCCCUGAGUUUGGAACAGAUUCAGACUUUGAAACUCGAUCGACAUGACGACGAAGGAAGACAGACGCUCGGCAAUUUACUUGAAGGGUUACAGUAUUUGGUUAUUGAUGAAGCAGACCGGCUUUUGAGCAGAGCCUUUGAAACUGAAGUCAAUCAAGUCUUGGACUUGUGUCAUGGUGAAUCAACGGUGGAAACGUGGCUCUUUUCGGCAACCUUUCCAAAAUCCAUUGAACCUCGGGUCGAUACCGUCCUCAAACGACUCGGCCAAACGUCCACCGUGCAAAUCUCCUGCACCAACGCCGAUCGCAUCAUGGACGAUUCCGUAUCGGCCACACUGCAAAAGAAACUUGAGCGACAACUAAGCAAGCGAAAAGUCCUGGCGCAAGUGGGACCCGAAUCCACCAUUCAACUACGAACCAUUCGAGUCGACCAACGAGAUCGAACGUCGGCACUCAAACAACUAUGGAAAGAGAAAGAGAACGAUUGGACGACGGGGGGUGUAUUGGUAUUUGUGGCCACGCGCUAUGCGGCCGAACACGUGUCGCGCAAACUGCGACGGGUGGGAAUACGAUCCAGCGAACUUCAUGGCAAAUUGGAUCAGGAAGCGCGGGAACGACGAUUGCGUGACUUGCAAUCGGGGAAAAUACAGGUAUUGCUCGCAACCGAUUUGGCCAGUCGAGGAUUGGAUGUGGUCGGAUUGUCCGCUGUCAUCAACUAUGAUUUGCCGCGGUCCACUGCCGACUUUGUGCAUCGAGUUGGACGAACUGGACGAGCCGGUCGCAAAGGAGAUGCCAUUUCCUUGGUGACGCCGUUAACCGAGGCACACUACGAUGUCAUUGAGAAACGACACAUUCCCUUGGAGCGACGCUGUGAACGCGAAAUGUUGCCCGGGUUCGAGGUAGAUGAAGCCACGUGGUCAGUCCAAGCCCAAGGAGCCAGAAUGAGGACUCCUGGUGCGGGGCAUUCCAAUAACGAUUUAGCCCACGAUCGCAUGUUUGGGGGCAUCAAAGGAAAACGCAAGUCCAAAAAGGAUAGGUUGCGUGAAAAAGCGGCGCGGGAAGCAGCAGGCAUGUAG